AUGUUAUUCUCUCCUUUAAGCAAAUCCUCGCCACACGCUCUUCCCAGCCCUGACGGCAAGUAUGUUGCCACUGUCUUCCCCGGCAUCAUUAAUGUCCGCGCUGUCGCUGGCCUCAACGUGGUCAACGUCAUCAAACUCGGCCACGACUUCUCUGGUCCCGUGAUCAGCUUUCAGUGGUCCAAGUCCUCGCGUCUCCUACUCGUCGCCGAUCCUGAGCGCAUCCGCGUUGUUUCUGCCCUCGAUGACAGCUUCAAUGCCACUGUCCGAAACCACGUGUCUGCUGGCACUAAGCCGGCCGUAGUUGACUUUGGCGCCUCAGACUCGGAGAUUUGUGUCGUCGCCCCAUUCGGCUUGAAGUUCACCGUCUUUGAUCUCAAGUCUUCCAGAGCCAUCGAAAUACCAAAUCCUAAGGUCUUCUCCGCCUUGUCUGCUUCUACAUGCUUCUCUUUCCGUCCAGAGACACGUCACCUUGCCUUGCUCACACGGUCCGCCGGUAAGGACAUAGUGAGUAUCCAUUCCUUCCCCACGAGAGAACUGCUACGUUCCUGGUCUCCGGACACGGUUGAUGCUCAGGGGCUAGCCUGGAGCCCUGAUGGACGCUGGCUGGCCGUGUGGGAUUCCGCCUCGCAGGGACAUAGGAUUGUCUUCUACACCCCUGAUGGUCAUGCCUUCAGGACGUGGGCCGGCCCUACCAAUCCGCAGCCCGAAGACCAAGAUUUUGCACUCGGUCCGGGUGUCAAGUCGCUCCAAUUCUCUGCAGAUUCCCGCUACGUUGCUAUUGGCGACUUCAGCCGGUCUGUGUCUGUUCUAAGCGUGUCUUCCGUUACGGAGACCUUGCGCCUGCGUCACCCUAAAACGCUUGCUCCAACAGAAACUCUCCAGGUUUGGCAGGAACAGAUUGGCAUCUCGCAUGCAGGGCCAGCCAUUCACACCUUUCUUCGUGCUACGCAGCCGAUUUCUCCGGCCCCAAGUUCCCGGGACUCUCCAGAGCUGCUGUCGGGAUGUUCCCUGAUCGCCUUUGACCACUCAUCGACUCUUGUAGCCACACGGCUGGACGACUGUCCAACCGCUCUCUGGAUAUGGGAUGUGCAAGUUGCCGAAUUGCGCGCUGUCCUCCUGUUCCAUGGCAAUGUGGCCAGCAUCUCGUGGCAUCCUCAUGUUUCUGAGACAUUACUCAUCAGGUGCGACGGCGACCAAUACGACGGCUCUGCCUUCGUGUGGGACCCCCUUUCGGAAGGGCCCCGGUUUGUCGACUUUGCUCAGCGCCUACCCGCUGCGAAGACAUGUGGCAAGCAGCGUGUCCUAUGGCUUGGAGCUCCUGACACCGACCCGGCCAAUUCCUGUCCUUCGAUCUUCUUCUCUGACACCCAAGUCUUUCUGCUGGCUUUCCUUGGCGACUCCGACCAAGGGCCCCCCCCAUGGGGUGCUGACGGGCCGCCUAGCCCGACCUUUGCACCACCCGACCGCAGGCGAGUGGAAUCGCCCCUCGAGCUCGUCCCGGCAGAGGAUGAAAGCGAUGAUUAUAACGAGGUGGAGGACACGUUCAUACACAGACGAUAA